UACUCUCUGGAGGAAACUCUCACCAUAUAUGGUCAAUGACGUCACAGCACGUGGUAAGAUUCGUGAGAGAUUCCAGACAGCACUAUUUCCCGUAACUUCGGAGGGGCGUGGUGUACCUAUGGAGCCGCUUUAAUAGUUUACACCCUCACAAUCACUCCCAGACUCUGGCUUGUGGAUGUAUGACUCAGGACGUGAGGAAGUACUGAAAGUUGUAUUCGGAAGUUUUAAGGCAAACUGAAAAAAAGUGAGGACACAUUUCCUUCCUCGUUCCCCCUUGAAGACAGACGUGUUUGGACUCUACCGAUUUACCGCAAUAAGGUGGGCUUGCCCCAAGUUUGAAUUGACACACGCGAGACUCAACUCGAAAGUAAAGUCGUGAUUCUUUACAACCACAGCUUGGUUCAGUUUUCUUCACAUUCGAAACGGACGGGAUGUAUCGAAACUUUGGGGGUCAAGGGAGAGGUAACCCGGCGUACACUGGCAGCGUCUCCGGGUCAAACUCUACAUCUCUGGGAAGCACCAGCACCUCCACCACACAAGAGCAGAAGUUUACAAUGGCUGGCAGCAGUCAGUUUGUACCGAGCCUCAAUGCCAUCACAACCAACCAGGACCUCCAGUGGCUGGUUCAGCCCUCCCUCAUGCAUCCACCAGGCCCUUCAAGAUCUCCAGCACCGCCUUACCCAACCCUUUCAGGGGCUCGCCCGCUGGGUCCACCACCUUCACAUUCACAUUCACAUUUCCUCAGACCAGGGGUCAUCAGAGCUGCUGCCCACAAUAUUACUUCCACAAGGCGCAGGAACGACGAUCAUUUGUCCCAUGACGAGAUGGAGAGACGUAGAGUGAGAAGGGAGAGAAAUAAACUGGCAGCAGCAAAAUGUCGCAAUCGCCGGCGGGAGUUGACUGACACACUGCAAACUGAGACUGACGAGUUAGAGGAUGAAAAGUCUCGUUUACAGAAGGAAAUCGCUGAGCUACAAAAGGAGAAAGACAAGCUGGAGCUGGUGCUGGAGGCUCAUCGUCCCAUUUGUAAAAUAGAGGACUCUGAUUCUGAUUCUGACCCACAUUCAUCUAUUUCCUCUUUCGGAGGCAUCAAGAUGGAGCCUGAGGAUUCCAGGAGACCUGGACCCUCAACCAAAAUGUCAACAAAGAUGGAGAAGCCCAAACCGAAGAUUACCAUCCCAAGCAAGCCUGUGGUACCAACUUUUGCUGCUGCUGUCACUGAAUCAGAAUCCCUCCACACCCCGGUCCUCACAUCCACUCCCUCUCUCACGCCCUUCACAGCUGGCAUUGUUUUUACUUAUCCCUCUGCCCCACCAGACAACAGUGCCUCCACCUCUUCCCAUGCUUCAGCACAUCAUACUGCCUCCCAGUCUCAAGCUCCACAACCCUGUGGGAUCGCUCAUCGCCGUAGUAGUAGCAGUGGGGACCAAUCGGAUCACUCUCUGCACUCUCCGACUAUCCUCACCCUGUGAUUCACAGCGAUAUUCACUCUGACAGAACACUAAUGUUCACUUGGAUGUGGUUAAAGUGUGUUUAAGAAGACGCAUCUGUGGGAAACAUGGUGAAAAUGAAAGUUAUGAUUGUGAUAACGAUUUCAAAAUGAGCUGGGUGCAUCUGCUUCGUCUCAUCUUGAUGCCGUACGUAGAUGAGAUACAAACUAGUGGCAUUAUCACGAUAUGAAUGUUACAGUCUUUAGUUUUGAUAAAAAGUCUUUAUAUUUCUAAUUUUGAAAGCUACCAAGUAAAAUGAUCAUGUUUGAGGUUUAUUAUGAAAGCAUUGCAUGCAGAAAAUAUAUAAAGAAGUAUAAGAGCUUACUAUGACAACACUUUAUUAAUGUAUUGAUAGCUCAUUAUGAUGUUUUAUUGUUACGUCAUUUUUUAAAUGUUGGCACUAAGGGAAACUUAGAAAUGAAUGGUCCCAUUUUUUAUAUGAAUCUAUAAAGAAUUCUAAAAUUGUCUUUGAAAACUAUUGACCACUAAGGCUGGACCAUAGGAGUUAAUACAGAUAAUACAAUAAUGUAUUUAUUUUUAAGAAUUUAAUAUAUUUUUGGUAAUGUUUCACAGACUAGAGAACUGUUCUGGUGGGCAGUGCCUUACUACUACCUUUUGACAAAGUUGUACUUCUCCAGACAAUAAAAAUGUUCAUAUCUGUG